ACAACAGAAGUUUAUGGUUCUCCUGCAAAGAAAGUUUCAGUUAAGAUUGAAGGAGAAAUCGCUGGAAAUGGCAGGUGAAGAUGAGGUUAAGUUUCUGGGCUUCUGGGCCAGCCACUUUUCCCUCAGAGUGUUGAUUGGGCUUGAAGAAAAGGGCAUCAAAUAUGAGUAUGUGGAAGAAGAUCUCUUGAUUAAUAAGAGCCCCCUGUUGUUGGAGAUGAAUCCUGUGCAUAAGCAGGUACCUGUUCUUAUUCACAAUGGCAGGCCUGUGAUUGAUUCUGCAAUUAUACUGCAAUAUAUUGAUGAGGUAUGGAGCAAUGGCCCUGCUUUCUUACCAUCUGAUCCAUAUGAUCGCGCCACGGCUCGAUUCUGGAUAGAUUUUAUAGGAAACAAGCUUUUUGUUCAAGGGAGGUUGCUAUACCGAACUAAGAAAGAAGAACAAGAAGAAGGAAAGCGACAAGUUAUAGAAGGUUUGGAAAUACUAGAAGAAACACUCAAAGGGAAAGAGUAUUUUGGAGGAACUACUUUUGGAAUAGUAGAUAUUGCAUUUGCCCCACUGAUGAGUUUCUUUCAUACUUUCGAAGUAUUGGGAGAUUUUAAGUUUAUGUUUGAAGAUAAAUUUCCAAACAUUUUUGGCUGGAUGAAGAAAUGUAGAGAGAGGGAGAGCAUCAAGAAAAUACUUCCACAAGAAGAAAAAUUGCUACAAUGGGCAAUGCAAGUCACAGGGCGUUCUGUUUAGGAAGUUUAGUUAAACUUUGUUUAAUUAAAGUUUACUUUGUAAAUGUGUUGAGUUGUGUUCUCUUUUAGUUUGUCAUACGUCUUAAAGAUUUUAGAUAUUAUGCUAUA